CUGGCAUCGUGUUAGACCAAAAAGUCUAUUGAGUUCGUAAAUAUUUGAAGAUAACAUAUAUUAGAAAGGAAGAAAACUGCAACAUAACUGAAAGAUGUGGACACGUAUUACUUCAGACAUUUCCGAAGGGUUGACACUUUUUACUUCAAUCAUCAGUAUUGUUUUGGCAAUUGUGAAUGUUUUAAUCGAUUACGAGGAUGUUUGGAAUAUAGACAUUGAUAUAGUGGGUAUAUAUCCUAAACUUGCGUUUGAUGUUGUUUCGGCUGUCAUCUCUAUGAUUGUGAUCCCAGUUUUAUACAAGUGUAAGACGAAAGAUCCAAAAGAUGAAAAAAAGCGUUUGCUCUUUCUUAUCUUGACACCUAUAUUCUUCUUGGGUAUCAAUGGUGUCGUCGAUGGUUGGGUUGGAAUGUUUACGACCAGUAGCAAUUGUUAUUGGGGACGUAAAGUGAUCUUUGAUAUUAUUUCGGCCAUAUUAUCCCCAGUAGGCUUACUUUUAAGUGCAUAUUAUAGCAGCUUCAAACAGCGACAUGGUGAGGGUUAUAAACCGGUGCCUCAAUUUUCAGGCGAUUAAUUAAAAUUAGUUCCACUGGUUAAUUACUACUACAGCUAAUUUUAAUCAGAUUGAUUAUCUACACAACGUAGGCCUAUACGUGAUUCUGUUUCUUUGAAAACUAUUUUUGUGAUUUAAUCUUAACAUUAACAUAAAAGGCACAUACACUAUUUAUUAAGCACUAUACACAUAUUUGUGACCAGUACAUAUUAAAGGAAAGAAUGAAAUGUUUUAUUUAACGCGUUAUAUGGUAAGGACCACGGAGAUAAUUAGAAAGGAAACCCACUCCGGCCACUCCAUUGUUACUUAUUACAUAACAGGCCCGUAGGAAUUAUAUCUGGAGUGGGGGUGAACACAGUCUCUAGUGAGGUGGCCAAAGUCUCUAGAGGGGAUGGGGCACAAGCCACUAUUUUAAUCUAUAUUUAUAUAGAGUAGAACAAAAAAACGUGCGUUGUCGUCCUCAAGUUGGGGUGUUCAUAAAGGUGACGUCACAAACUGAAUUUGAAUGGCAUCUCCGUAUUGAUUGAUUAAUUGACUGACAAAGAAUGGGCUAUUAUUUUGUUGGAUCUGUGACGAACAUUUUUAAAGUAUUAAUCCUUUCUGCACCGUUCUGGCAAAUGAGAAGAAAUCACGCUGCAACACAUUAGAAAAUCGAUUUCCUCGUGUGGGGGGAACAACUUUUGAGGGCAGUCUACGAGGAAGAUACAUUGACCACCCUUUCAAGUAAACAAAAGUGGAUACAAUUUCAUUUGGCUUUUGGCGUCAGAUUUUUCACUUACAAUUUUAAAUCUGUUACUUACUAUUUUAACAAUAUUUGACCUAUGGGCCUACAAUUUUCACUGAAUGUGGCAAAUAUCCAUAUCGUAAUGGGUGUGAAAUAUACAAAUUGCCGUCCCCAUAAUGUUUAGACAAUUCCAUAUUCAGUAGGGUUAUCUUAUUUAUGGGGUCAUCCGUUAUAAUAGUACAGUUUUAUAACCGUUUAGCUUUAGAUUAUCAUUAUUUUUAAGUUACCAAAACAUUGUUCAGUUAAUUUUACUGAUAAAAGUUGUCAACAUUUUAUUGCCGCCAAAGAAUUUAAUAUAUGUACAGACAAAAACAAAAUUCUGUAUACAUACAUAAUUAAUGCUGGGGUUUUUUCUUUCUGAAAUUUACUUUGUUGUAAAUACGAUAACUUUAAUUGGUUUGAUAAUUUAUUUUUGUAUAGUUUUAGUCUUUUAUAUCUCAAAAACGUGGCUUGUAUACUUUUGUAUAUUGGUGUAUUAUUUUUAUUGUUGUAAUUUGUCUUAAUUUGUACAAAAUGUUAAAUGUAAAUUUAUAAAAUGUGUCUGUCAGUCAGUCUGUCUGUACGAUGGAGUAUGUGUGUGUGUGUGUGUGUGUGUG